AUGUCGGUGGGCAUGGCAGAAGUGAAGUCUUUGGUACCCAUGAAUUUAAACACUACAAGAACCAAUCACGAGGCAGAGACAAUAAAUCACUAUGACAACAAUCAAGAGGCAGUGGCAUCCCUUUCACUAGUGCACAUUUUGAUCCGGCGAUAUGAACCUUCUGAUCAACAAGCCAUUGAAAUGAUUUACAGAGAUGCAACUGAGGAACACAUCAACCCUACAUUCAUAUACGCCAUGACCCAGCCUCUUCACAUCACUAUAAGUCUGUUUUUUUGCAUUGGUGCUUAUCUGCUCAGUGGGUCUGUUAUUUUGGCCCUAAUAUGUGGAGGAGCCUGGGUUGGCCUGGUGUACUUCUGCUGCUAUGAGUUUUACACUUCUUAUGUCCGGGAGAAACUGCGUACAGACAUGAAGGACAUUCCAGGUCACUAUCUCAGCAAUCCAGAUAACUGCUUCUGGGUCGCUGAAGCCGAGAUGGAUGGUAAGCGUCGGAUUUUGGGUAUUGCGGCUGUGGAAGCCAUAGAUGACGGCAGUGGAAAGAGAAAUGGAGAGCUUUUACGAAUGAGCGUGUUGUCCACGUGUCGCCGUGCUGGUCUCGGUCAACGGCUGGCUAAAACCGCCGAAGACUUCUGCAAGGAACGUGGCUUCACAAAGAUCAUACUUUCCACCUCUUUUACUCAAAGAGCAGCCUUGGCAUUUUACGAUAAGAUUGGCUAUAAACAUGUCUUGGUUAGUACUCAACCAAAGUGGUUGGUCUGGAUGACUCGACUCAAAAUUUUGUACAUGGAGAAGAUCAUUAACUGCUGUUAACACACCUGACCUGAGCUCAAUAGCAGAAAGUAAUUGUAACAACAUAGUACUUUUACAGUAUGUACUUGUAGGUAUAAGGAAACAAUAUGUUAAGUUUGGGUUAACAAUAUGGUAAAAGUAUUUUAAAGCU